UCAGAUGACAGUUAUACUGUUGUUUAUAAACAGUGAAGCGAUUUUGUUCGUGAAAUCAGCAAUCAAAAUUUCCAAAUUCGAUUUAAUUACUCAAAUAUUACGAAUUUCAUAAUGGUUUACAUUCAUUUCCCGUCAAAUUUAACGGAAGAGGAGUUGAUGCUCCAAGCCAAAUAUGCCAAGCUGAAGAAAAAGAAAAAGGCACUGCAAGCUCUGAAGGCACCUAAGCAAGAGCCGGAGAAAAAUCUGAUUCCCAAACGACCCGCGGAUGCCCGGGAUGCUCGCGAAGUUGCCAGGAAGCUCAUAAAAAGUGGGGCCAUACAGGCCAUCCAAAAACCGCAGGCGAAGCAGGAGAGUUCCUUCAAACGGCCGAAAGCAGGUCAAGAACGGAAACGCUCCCAGCAGGAAUCCAGCCCAGGUGCGCAGUACCAAUCGUUUUCAUCCGUGGAAACUCCACCGCCUAAUCCAGCGUCAAGUCCUGAUACGCCUACGGAGAAAGAUCCAGCUCGGACGCCAAACCUGUAUCAACAGUUUGCCAAUGAGCGCGAUAAGGAAGAACAAGCCGGAAAAGCUAAUGAUUCUCCUCGGGACAAACCACGCUCCGGCAAUACGGUUUAUGUUUCUGGCAACAAGGUGACGGAAGAAUUCUUGAAGAAACACUUCAUCGAGUUUGGGGAAAUAUUAAACAUUUCAAUGGAAAUUGAAAAGGGGCGAGGGUUUAUAACCUUCUCCAAAACGGAAUCAGCGGAUAAGGCGAUAAGUGAGCUCCACAGCAAGACUGUCGGUGGUAUCCAGCUUCAGGUGCAACUGGCAAGACGGCAACCGCAAAUAAAUCCAAUAAACGAUGCUGGAUCGUCUUCUACAUGGUCUGCUUUAGCUACGUACCGCUCGCAGAAAGGCAAACACAAAGAUAACCGAGAGCUGGUGUGUUACGAUCAUGAUGAUAUAUUCUAGAUUUUAAGUUGGAUGAAAUGGAUAAAUGGUGAGUAUUAGUAUUACAUUACGUAAAUUACGUAUCAAAAUUUCUAAUCAAAAACCAAGCUGAGAGCAAUGCAUCCGAUUUUUUUCGCUUGCUCCAACAUGUGUAAAAACAUUCAAUACACUUUCUAGGCAGCGUCGAAUCGUUGGCGGUGUUAAAAGAAGUAUAACAUUUUUGAAUGAAAAUUAUAUAAAAUAAUUUAAAGAUUAGUUAAUAACGUCGAUUUUUGUAAAAUUUCAUAAAUAUAGCUGAUGUUUGAUCUGUUUUUAUUAUACAUAACAAAUUGGACUCUCCAAUCUUCUCGUUAUGGUGAAGAUAAAUCGAAGCCAAACCUGAAAUUUUCAAGAUCACAAAUACCUGGUGGCGACCAAUCGAUUAGGUAUUCAGCUCAAACAAGUGUUAGGUUCUCUAAUUUUGUGCUCUAAAAAGUUUGAAGUUUGGCUUCGAUUCAUCUUCACCUUAAAUAGGAUUUUUUUUCCUUAAUUUUACGCUCUGUUUCCACCAUGAAGUUGAGCAAAGAACAGUCGAAAAUAAUAACAGACUAAAAAUCAGGUUGGAAGUGCUCCAAUUGAUUAUAGGAUGCCCUGCUCGUCAAACCUAAAUUUGGCGCUAGAUGUAAUAAAUAAAAGAAAAUCA